GGGGAGGUGAAACAUUUUGUAAUCCCAGCUGUGGCUCCACCUUAAUGUCAUCAGUUUGCUAAGGCAAGCAUUGAGCUCGAGAGGGGAGCCUUGUGAAAAACAGCGCAUCUGACAAAUUAAUUGUAGGCUAUUAAACUGCCUUUAACAGCGAGCAAAAUACACUAGAUAUUGAUUAAGGUGGGGAUACAAGAAAAACAGCAACGUAACUGUCAAGAAGACCUUGAGUUUAACAGUACAUCCCACCCGCUGCUACCCGGGUCCGAGCGCUACUUCUUCUGCUUGGUUUGCAAAAGGGUUUUGGCGUCAAAACGUCGCAAACAAAGAUGGCUUCAGUGGACUCGCGGUUCGGUCACAAGGACACAUCGGAUCAGAACUUCGACUACAUGUUCAAGCUGCUGAUCAUCGGGAACAGCAGUGUGGGAAAGACCAGCUUCCUGUUCCGCUACGCUGACGACUCCUUCAGCAACUCCUUCGUCAGCACCGUGGGCAUUGACUUCAAGGUGAAGACUGUGUACCGCAACGACAAGAGGGUCAAGCUGCAAAUCUGGGACACUGCUGGACAGGAGCGCUACAGGACCAUCACCACUGCUUACUACAGGGGCGCUAUGGGCUUCAUCCUCAUGUAUGACAUCUGCAACGAGGAGUCUUUCAACGCUGUGCAGGACUGGGCAACCCAGAUCAAGACAUACUCCUGGGACAACGCACAGGUGAUCCUGGUGGGAAACAAGUGUGACAUGGAAGAUGAGAGGCUGGUCCCAGCCGAGAAGGGAAGAAGCCUUGCAGACCAGCUGGGGUUCGAGUAUUUCGAGGCCAGUGCCAGAGAGAACAUCAAUGUGAAGCAGGUCUUCGAGAGGCUGGUGGACAUCAUCUGCGUGAAGAUGUCCGAGAGCGUGGACACGGACCCUUCGAUGGUCAGCGGAGCCAAGAACACCCGGCUGACUGACAACCCUCCGCCCCUGCAGCAGAACUGCUCCUGCUAGUGACCUCUCCCCAGCCUUUAACCUUUGACCCGUAACAAUGUUGUUUACUUUUUUUUGGUGGGGGGGGGGGGGGGGAAGGGGGGGUUGGGAAAUCGCUGAAAGUUCAAAGAGAAAAAAAUCACACUUUAUCUUAAGGGUCCUUUAUAAAUGAUUUAUAAAAUAUACAAAAAUAUAACUCCUUGUACCCAGAAUCUUACUUCUGUCAGAUAUUUAUCCAUGGUUAGUCAACUGGGGUAUGUUUAUAUGUAUUUACCCUCUUUGCAUCCACCCUUACAGUAAUGUUUGUAAAAUCACAUUAAGAUGUCAUGUACCUGUGUAACUUGAAAACCCCAUCAAAACUAUUAACAGCUUAUUGAUGUUAUAUACUGUACGUUAAUAUAUGAAAAUGUUACCACUGUGGUGCCCUUCUACCAAUGGCUCAUCCCAUAGAACCACUGCAUUGCCACUCAACAGUGAUCCUGUUCCACAUGGGUUAUUGUAUUUUUGAUUAGAAGGAGGUUGUCAGGGGAUGGUGGGGAAGGGAUUUUCAUUUCAAAUGCAGAUUUAAGCUCAAAAAUGUGAUCGGCUGACUGGAGAAGCACAAAGGUCAUUGGAAACCAAAGGGUUAUAUUAGCUUCUAAUAAUUACCCAGAAAAGAAACACUCCAUUCUCAUCACACUUCCGCCCUCAAUUAGUAUCUCCUGAUGAGGCGUAGCGAAGCGGAACGAUGCCUUUCCACAACGCUGUAUUAAUUAGUCCCCAUCUUUUAAUCACCAAGCGGUUAAUUUGCAGUGCAAAGCAGCAUGUCAAUCUUUCAUACAGGGCUUUAAGGUAAACAUGUGCUGAGGUUUUUGUCACUUGAAUUCUUAAGGGAUUGUUAAAAAAAAGGAUGUAUUUAUUUAUUUAUCAAAUCUAUUGAAGGCUUUGGGCCUGUGAUAUACGGCUGGAUGCACACACCCUAAUGAGCACUAAUCACAGACAAACUAAUGUUACCUCAGGUAAGGUAGUCCAAGAUUAGUGCUAAUCAGGGUCUGUGAAAGCAGAUGCUAAAGAUCCCUUUUCAAAAAGCUUUAACACAUGUUUUGAUGAAUGAAACAGUAAGCAGUGUCAAAUUGUAGUUGAUUUUUGACAUUUUGCUUUUUUUCUGAUCAUUCUCAAUCUUGCUAUCAAUUUAUUUUUGUAUAUUUCUUUGAGCUUGCGUGAGAAUCUUAACUGCUGACAGUGAACACUGACUUCCUCAUCUCAUAACAAUCUACUGAAAUGACAUUUAGAAUGCUGAAGAACACUUUCAUGAACUGUAAUUCAUCAAAACAAAAACAAAAAAAGUAUCUAAAUAAAAUUCAAGCUUUUUGAGGGGCCAAAAGACACGGUGAAAACGUAACUGACUGUCGGUCACCAAGAUGCUUGUUGGUGGCUACUUAUUUCUUUGGCUUAGUUCAGGAGACCACAUAUACAGGUAUUACUGUACAAAAAAUGGAAACACCAAUGUAAAGUCACUUAAUAGGGCGUUGGGCCACUAUGGUAUCCUGCUCUGUGGAGUUCUCGGCGGACCGUUUUUGAUGAAACUGGCUGCCCACUGUUGCCCUUUGCUGAUGAUGUCUUUCCCUCGGAGUUCCAUGCCGACAUCACCUUAGACACCAUUGCUCGUGAAACAUCAACAAGUUUAUUUGCUUACGAUUGUAAGUCGCCCUGGAUAAGGGCGUCUGCUAAUAAAUAAAUAAUAAUAAUAAAAAUAAUAAUAACAAGUUGAGCUGUCUUGGUCACUGAAACUACUGCCAAACGCGCCCCAACAAUCUCCCCUCUUCCAAAGUCACUGAGGUCUCCUCUUGCAGCCAUGCUAGCCAUAAUUAUAGGCAACCAGGCCUGUCCAGCAUUUUUAUACAUGACCCUAGGCAUGCUGGGAUGUUAUUUGCUUAAUUAACGCAUGAGCCACACCUGUGUGGAAGCCCUUGCUUUUAAUAUACUUGGUGUCCCUCAUGUACCCAGGUGUUUCCAUUUUUUGGUCCACUACCUGUAUAUACUACAUUUAUAGCUAUACAAUUUAGAUUAUGUAACAAUAACUUGGCACCACUAAAAUGUAACCACUAAAAUGAUCAUAAUACCUAAUUUUCACAGAGAGAGGGGCGACAAAUAUUUUUCUUCAUGUAUAAAAUACAACAGCAAAACAGGUGAAUAUUGAUGAAGAGCACUAACCCAAAUGCUUGUCUACUUCAUUUUUAGUUUUACCUCAGAGUGAAAUUGAUAGUAUAGUUUUCUUGACCAUAGCUUUAAAAGCUAUCCCUGUUCCAUUGUGUGAAUAGAAGGUUGGGUGGGUUUAUUUCUUUGUUGUUUACAGUAAUGGUAAUCGUAUAAUAUAAUGAAAAAUUACGUGGAUGAAAAAUUUACACUUUAGACAUUCCGUCAGCGUCUAUAUUUUAAAGAGUGAAACACUGCCACUUAUAAUAGGACUGGCAAUUCUUACUUACAGUCUACAGGUUGUAAUGUGUCUUGAAAUACAUGAAAUGUGUGUUUUUGAAUGCUUUGAAUUGUUAAGGGUUAUUGUUUUCAAUGUAUUUUUGUUAUUAGACAGAGGGAUCAGUCAGCUUACAACUAAACCGAAUAAAAGAGAAAAUGAUCUGUCUUUAAGAGCAACUUGGUAUAGGUAUGAAACAUAGCAUAAUUAUUAUUAUUAUUUAUUUCUUAGCAGACGCCCUUAUCCAGGGUGACUUACAAUUGUUACAAGAUAUCACAUUAUUUUUACAAUUUUUAUAAUGUGUUCUUGUUCUGGUUUAGAAUCGCUUUGUAUAUAAUUUUCUAUUUCAGUCAUCACAUCCUGGUGACUUUUUGAAACUCAUAAGUUAAACGUGCCUCUGUGGCCUCUAGAGAACUCUCAAACAGUCUUCUCUCUAAGUACAGCUGGUACACCAGAGUGUAACCAUUAACCUGUCCCCCUGCAACACCUGGUGGAUGUAAAAAAUACCAUAUUUGUUUUAUGUGGCAUUUCUCACUGAUGUGUUUCAUACAUCCUCACCCAGCAGCAUGUUGCACUCUGGUGUACCAGCUGUACUUAGAGUGAAGACAUGUUUAAGAGCUCUAUUGAGACCACAGGGGUGCUUUUAAAAUACUGAGUUUUAAAUGACUGAAAAAGAAGGUAUAUACAAAGUGACUCUAAGCAAGAAGACAAAUACAUUUGUUAUCAGAACUAUUCAUUUGUAUCUCAAAACCCAGUUUGAAACAUACAAUUAGGAUACUAAUAUAAUACCAUUGUAUUACUCUGAAGAACCCUUGCAGUACCACAGCAGGACCACAUCUUUACCAGCAAUAGCAACACAAUGGAUUUGUAACAAGUAUUGUCAGGUACUGAUAAUCUGGUAGUAUACCAGCUUCAUUGCCAUUGAGGAGCGUUCGAUGAGGGUAUAGGGAGAGCUAGAGGCUCUGGCACACUCCUUUUUCGAAUAGCUAUACCACCAGCCUUUCGCAGAAACAUUUGUAUAUACUUUUCUUUUGUGAAACCAAUUGUAUUUCCUAAUCAGCUGUUUUUGAAUAUCCAGUCUCUAGUUUCGUCCUUGGAUUGGUGUCUGUGUGUAUGUUGUGGGACUAUGUUCACACUAAUAGGAUUACUGCAGUGCAUACUUCUCAGACUCAGGGCAGGGUGGUGUUGUGCAGCUUUUUCAUCAGGGAGAGGGCAUUAGAUUGGAAGGGGAUGGUAAUUAAACUGCCUCCUAUAGGUCAGGCUUCUUGUAUGGUGAUGCAGGGUAGCUCACAUUGCCAUCGCUGCCUCUGCUGUUUGUAUAAUUUGAGAAGAAUUCAGUCUCCAUUACUGCCUGUACAGCAUCUUUUGGAGUUAGGGGCCUUAUUUUGAAACAGACUUUCCCAGAGGAUCAAAAUCAGUUUUAAUAAAAUAAAACUACCAAGAAACAAUUUAGAGCAGUUCAAUUAUUAAUUUAGUGCUAGAUUUGUACCAAUUCUAGAAUGAAAAUGAAUCCUAAUUUUAAAACUUUUGCUUCAGCAAAGUAUACAGUGCAAUAGUUCAAAGGGUUUAUAAAAAAGGGGAGCUUAUUAAAAGUGUAGCAUGGUUAGUUUAAGAAAAAAAAAAACA